AGAUCGUAGAAAGCCUAGUAAUCAGUUUCGGAACUUCGUCGAAAUUUGUGCGCUUUUUGGGGGGAGAAGGCAGAAGGUAGAUCAAUGGAUGCUUCAGUCAAAGAGGAGUAUGCUCGUGUUUCGCGUCCCAAUCGCCAGCGUGAACUGGCCAAGAAGCGUCUUCUCUUCUGGGCAGGACGCCUACAGAUGAUGCCUCACGAGGUGGAUGGGAUGUCUGAUGGGGAGCUCAACCUUAGGUUUGAAGAGGUAAAGAGGAAGGAAGCAGAUUUUGAGCAGCGAAAAAUUGACUUUGAGCGCUGGGCAGAACUCAACCAGUUGAGAUACCUAAUGUACGAGGAGCAGAGAAAGUACAACGAGCGUUACGGACCCGGUGGACCCUCCAUCUGGCGCAUCCUGGCCAUGGCCCAGCAGGAUCUGGAGGAGAAGCUCCAAAUAGAUCAACUGCGAGGGAGCUGCCAGCGUUUUCCCUCACCCAUGUCCCUAAUGGAAGAACGACACAGUGGCGGAAGGCAGCGGUUUCUGGAACCAGUGAGAUCUAGCCUAUGUGGCUGUAUUUCGGAUUCAUAUGAUAAUCUGGAACUGAGAACUGAUCCCAGCUCAGAAGGAUAUAAACAAGGCCAUGAGGAAACCCUUAAUGAUAGCUUAUUACCAUAUUUCAAUGAGUAUUGCCAUCCUCAUGCGAAAAGCGAAGACUCCUUCAAAAGUAAUGGGGAAUCUUCAGGUCUGGGCUUUUGUCCUCUCUGCAAAAAGAAACACCUGCGCUUGCCACCUCCUUUCUGACCAGGGAAAUAAAUCAAAGGGGUACCCUGUAAUAAACCCAGUCCUGUCCACUUUGUUUUCAAUGUGUGAGUCUACACAGUGGAAAAUAAGUGCUGCAUACAAUACAUUUUAGCCACAGUCCCCAUUUAUCGAUGCAUUAUUCCUGUGUAAUCGAAGCGACAUGCACUUCAUCAAAUAUUGAUGUGUCUGGCCCGGCUUAUGGUCACUGGUCUGCUCCUCUGUGCCUCGUUAGCUGUCAAUUAAGUGGACACCUGUGCAGUUAAUGCGAUGCUGCCGCUGCCCAUUUCCCAUUUUCCAGCGUUUCCCCUCCAGGUUUUCACACUUCCAUCGCGACGACGAGGUUCAAAGCCGAAAAGUCCAUUGCCAAGCAGGUCUAUGAUUUGAUAAAUGACCGGCCAGCCGGAGAUCGUCGAAGUUGUGGAAACUCUGCGGCCUUUGGCGAACUUUGCUUGGGGAAUUAAUAAGCUGCGAUUUGUGGCCACAACUCACAGUAAUAUGUUUUCUGGGUUGGGGGCCAUACUGUCGGUUUAUCUUUGUGAAAUUCGAUUGAGGAAAUAUCGCUGCACAAACAAAGAGCUGCACUCAAAAACACACACAAAAAUGCAGACAGUGUGCAACAUAUGGUGUGGCAUGCAGAUUCCGCUCCAUGUUUGCUAAUUAACAACUGCAAUGGCGUAGAACCCAUUAACUGUUAAUUACCAUAAACAUGACAAUUCCAUUGGCCGGCCAACAAGGAGACAGAACAAUGUGCCGCGCUAGAUACACUCACAAAGUCCUCGAGAAUCACUGGAAAAAUACCUAUUUAAGUUUUCAAGAAGAUUUAUUUAAGCUACUAUUUAAAGUUAGUAAGACGUUUGAUUUUUAAUAGAUUAAUGCAGUAUAAGCGAUACUUUAAGCUAUAAUCCCCUCUCAUUUUAGAUCCAUAGCAUUAUUAAAGUUUUCUAAUUCUAUACGUAUUCGUUAAUUACAAGGUCCAAUAGAGUACUGCUAAAUUCAGAAACGUGUGAAUGGUUACUAAUAUAAAGUAUUCCCAUUAAAAUGAACACCAAUUGCAGUCACAUUCAUUUGAACACACUCCAAUGGUUAUUUAUUAUACACAUGUUUUGGCCAACAUUGUCUACCAUUUUUACGGCGACUGUUUUUCAAUGAAGUUUUAAUAUGUUUUCGCUUUAAAUUAAAAUAAUAUUACAGUCUGGCAUCUGGGGAAUUGCCUAUAUGCAUUAAAUACAAGAGUAGGCAUAAAUGAACGCUGCUUGCUUGGUUGCCACUAAAUAUUUGUUUAAACAUUUUACAGCUUGCUGCUUAUCAAACU